GCCAAGGUACGCAGCGUGCGGCGCCGGCCCGACUUCUCCAGCUCGGGCCAGUGGGACGUGGUGGUGGAGGUGGAGGGGGAGCAGGAGCGACACGUGUUUGACGGGGUCAUGGUGUGCACGGGCCUCUACACGAACCCCACGAUGCCCCUGCAGAACUUCCCAGGAAUCUCGCGGUUCCAGGGCCAGUACCUCCACAGCUGGGAGUACAAGACCCCCGACAAGUUCCGGGGCAAGAGGAUCCUGGUGAUCGGCAUUGGGAACUCGGGGGUGGACCUGGCCAUUGAGCUCAGCCACGUGGCUGAACAGGUGUUCCUCAGCACCCGGCGGGGCUCGUGGAUCUGGAACCGCGUGUGGGAUAACGGGCUGCCCAUGGACACGGUGCUCUUCACACGCUUCAACUCGAUGCUGAAUCGCCUCUACCCCGACUGCCUGGUCAACCACUGGACGGAGACCAAGCUCAACCGGCGCUUCAGCCACCGUGACUACGGGCUGCUGCCCAGGCACAGGUUCCUCAGCCACCAGGCCACCAUGAGCGACGAACUCCCGAACCACAUCAUCUCGGGCCGGGUCCUGAUGAAGACCAACGUGUGCGCCUUCUCAGAGACCUCGGCCACCUUCGCCGACGGCACGGAGGAGCCUGUGGACGUGGUGGUCUUCGCCACGGGGUACACGGUCUCCUUCUCCUUCUUGGAGAAGGACGCCCGGGUGCUGGACAGCGACUACUCCAUGUUCAAGUUUGUCUUCCCGCCCCAGCUGGAGCAGCCGACGCUGGCCUUCAUUGGGAUCCUGCAGCCGGUGGGCGCCACCAUCCCCACGUCGGAGCUCCAGAGCCGCUGGGUGGCCCGAGUCUUCAGGGGCAUGACCAGAUUGCCGUCGAAGCAGGACAUGAUGGCUGACAUCAGGAAGACGAGGGAAAUGUUCGAGAAACAGUACCUCGACAACCCCCGGGACUUACGCCGCGUGCAGUACGUGGAGUACAUGGACGAGAUCGCCUCAAAGAUCGGGGUGAAGCCCAACCUGCUCUCCCUCUGCCUGUGGGACCCCAAGCUGGCGUGGGAGGUUUACUUUGGACCGUGCACGCCUUACCAGUACCGCCUCCAGGGGCCUGGCAAGUGGGCGGGUGCCCGGGCGGCAAUCCUCAGCCAGCGAGAACGGAUCAUCAAGCCCAUGAGGACCCGAACCCUCUCGGGUGGCGACCAGCCCUCCUCCUCCUCCUCCUCCUCCUCCAGGUGGGACUCUUGCUUCAAACCUGUUUCAUCAUCCUCCGAGGCUCCUUUGCAAACCUGGCCAUCGGGCGCAGUGACGGAAGCAGGAAAGACGUGGAGGCAAGACCUGAAGGGAGACCUGGACCAUUUCUGGGUGAGCAGGGAGUGA